AUGGGAACAGCGCCUCGAAAUAUUGGCCAGCUAGUCACCAACUUAGCUCACACCGCGUCAUACGGCUGCGAUGGGCUCGCAGUAGGUGGCAAUAGCUACGAAGCAAAGAGCUUUGCCGAUUUGACGCAGGCCAACCUGAUUCAGCAUAACUCAUUGUCUCCUCCCGCGCUCACCUGGUUUGAGAAAUUUCGCCAGUUCGACAAGCAGCCAUCAAGCGCUCAUGAGGAGGAGUUCGGACUCGAUGUGGACGCUGUUGCGCCCAUCGAAGAGGACUUCAUCCCGGGGCUCGAAUCCGGUGAAGGUCUUUUGGAAGACUCUGUUCAAGUCGUGCCUGACAUUACGAGCGACCGCAAGUCAAGCAUCAACAACUGGGACCACUCUUUCAAUCGGUCUAGUCCAAGCGCGAGCGUCCUCUUGAGAGAGGUCGGCACGAGUCUGAAUCAUCAUCACUUCACACGCGGGCCAUUGCCUCUGCUACCGCUUCGCACUCCCCAUCACUGCUUGUGUGACGAUCGCACGCACGAUUGA